AUGAUGGCAAGUGGUGACUACAUCUACGUCAAUGACCUCGAUGAUGGGGGUCUGAUGGGCGCCACGGUGCGGCGUCAUGAGCACAGCAGCUCCCUCUUUGUGGGCGCCACGCACGACAGUGCCGGGGAGUCGCAGUCACAGUACGACUACCUGGAUGGGUCCCUGGUGGGGACCUACGACGGAGGAGGCGAUGGGGCACUCACAGCGCUGGAGCUUGAGGACUUUGUCGGCGUCGAUGGUAGCAAUUUGGCCAGCGUAUUAUCGGAGAGCAACUCUGUCUUUGACAUCGGUGCCGAGGAGGCCAACAUGCAGACGCAGUCACCGAGUGUGGCGAGCCGGUCUGUGAGCGGUGCUGACUUUGACACGCUGCCUAUCACACCCAUGGCUAAGCAGCCCAUCGAUGAGCCACACGUAGCGUCGGCGUCGGUACCCAAACCUGCAGCGCCGAACUCAGCCGUCUCAGCGCGCCACCUCAACCUCAGAGUCAAUACGGUGGCAGACCUGAAGCGUCCUUCAACACCGGAUAAGUAUUUUGAGAUUUUCGGAGGUGCCUCGGGCCUGGCGGUGGGGCACAACAACACAGCCAGCUACGGUGCUAACACCAGCACCGGCGAUGCUCGCCACCGAAGCGCGAAGGACACGAGCAACUACUGUGCCACAAACGCAGCCGUGACGGCUGCCGGCAAAGGGGUAGCGGCGGCUGGCCAUAUAUCAAAGCAUUCCACGCUGCAUCCCGGAAUGGCCGCCGCUGGUGUGCCAACACGUCCUUCAGCGCCACCCGCGCCGCCCCCGUUGCACCCCUUCCCCUCAGUUUCACAGCCACACAACGAUAGCGAGGGGUUCGGCUUUGGCAUCGACACCUUCUUACACGGCAACCAGCUUGGUUUUGGUCGUCAGCCAUCCUUCAAACGGCUUACACCGGCCCUACAGGGCGAGUUGAAGAAGCCCUACUUUCUCUUGCACUUCGAGGACGGCGACACGAACACCACUGCCGCUGGCGCUGCUGCUGCUGCUGCUGCCGUGGCGGCGAAACGGCAUCCUGAGGCGAGUGCGUCCGGCACAAGCCUGCGCGCCGCUUCUGCUGGGGACCGGAAUGCAGAAGAGUUCAGUACGUGGCUCGAGGCACUGGAGCCGAAGGCGGCGGGGUUGUUGGCAUCUGUGCGUGGCGGCUCCUGCACGACGCACGCGGGCUCUGCAAUUGGGGAGAACUUCAAGCGAGAGGUGGACAUCUUCAUGAAGAAUCUGCUUGGUGACUACGAUAUGUUCGCCGGCGCCACAGCUGCGGCAGCGGUGAACAACUCAUCUGUCUCGGGUGUCUCUCAGUUGUUCGUAGGAGGCAGCGGGCACCUGAACAAGCGGCGAGGCAGCGGCCCGUCUUGCCCUGGAGACUCCCAACCAGCAGACCUCGACGCGUUUUUGGGCGAUGCGCGCGCCCUCACCCCUCCUCUGCGAUCCCCUACCCUGACGGUGGAGCAGGUGAAGCAGCGACCUAGGCAGUCAGGUGCCGUUGGUGCUCACACCUCGCUCGUAGGUUCACCGACUGUGAAGACGACAGUGCCAACGACUAUGACUGCCGGCACCCCGUUCGGCGGUAAAGGAGGGAAGGGCAGCACUGGCGCCUACACACGGUCCAGCGCUACCGCCUCGGCAUCACCGCAACCACCGACCCGGGGCCAUGCGACAAAAUGCCGUCGGCACAUCUGGAGCACCUCCCUCGGGCCCAACAAAAGCACAUCGGCGGCCGCUGUGAACGGCGAUGUUGUGCCGGAUCCCACCUUUGCAGUGGCUACCGAGGCUCUGCCAACAACGAAUUUCGCCAAAGCCGCCGCGAAACCGGCCAAUGGGCUGCCAGCGCAGCGUUCCUGUGGGACGGCCGCAUCGCAGACGGUGGCAGCCGUGACUUGCGUGCCAUCACACGCAUCGACAGGGGAGACUAGCGCCUCUGUCGCGGGGACUGCGAAGCCAGCGACCGGAAAGGCGACCACCGCCUCUGCUAAGCCCGACGGCAGCGUUGGCGAUGUUGGGCGGGCGCGCAACUCGGCAACCCCUAGCACCGCGACGCCGUACCCUUACAUGGAUGAAGAUCUCUUGGCGGGUGGCUACAUGACAAGGCCGCCGCAGCUCAUCCGUUCUCCUGUAGAGAGCAGCUCCACCGUACUGCCCGCGGCCCGCGUCGCAAUGGAGGCCCCAUUCACCAACAAGGAGAGCGGGGAGCGCAGUGGCAGCAACACGAGUGACGUCGUCGCCCUGGCUGCGCGUGGUUGCCGCACCUCGCUGUUGGACGGGCACCACAUCAGCGCGUCGCAGCAGCGACUCUCGCUGCUCCAGCAAAAGCUGCGCCCGUCUCGGCACAACCGUACACGCAUGGAUGGCGACAGCAAGACCACUUCAGACUCUGACGGUGCAGGCAUGACAGCAUCAGGUGCACUUCAGCAAGUGCCGGCUAGCAGCAGUCGUGAAGGCUCACAAGAAUCUCCGAUACGAGCUUGGAACGAUCCGUACGGUCGUGCCGCGACUUCCUUGCCUUCGGAGUCGGUUACUGCGGGUUCCAGCAAAACGCGACUAGACAGCCGCCGAAACGGUGACAGCACCCUGGGCGACGUGGGUAAAACAUUCCUCUCUUUCAAGGAGGCGGCCGGCGAGGGGGACUUGGUGGACAGUGGCGGCACGCGUGCGAACGUGCUGCCACCGCCCAUAUUCCUUUGCCACAACAACAGCGCACAGGAGGGGAUGACUGCCAACAGCAGUACCUCCGGCUCUGGCGCUACUAGCAGCCAUCUUCACUGUAUCUGCAAGACUGGUGGGACCACGACGCUGACUGGCUGCACGCGGCGCUCGUCGCGGGGUCCUGGCGCGGACCCAGUAACGGUGGAGCCCAUCGCACUGAAGAAGUAUCUACCUAUUCCACUGCGGCCGUCGUUCCUAAACCGGCGGGCGUCUGCCAGCCAAACGGACUGUGAGGCGGCAACAAGUGGGGAGCACGGCGCGGCAGCGACCUCGCCGCGGCGACGUCUCACAGAGUUUCGCAACGGUGACUACAUGCUGCCAGCUUUCUUGCCCAAGUCCCGCGUCUCUGCCACCACCGCCGAGGAUUUGCAUUUGGAAGCAUUGAAGCAGCAGGACCGCGACCGGCAGACGCAGCAGGCCAACGAGGAGCGGCGGCAGCGCAUACAGGCCUUCAUGUCAAAGCGAAAGGCCGAAAAGCAGCUGGAGGAGCUGCAGCGCCGCCAGCUGCUGGUGCAGGAGGGGAAGCUGAAGAUGUGCCGUGAGAUGCAGGAGCAACAGCGAAUCUUGGAGGCCACCCCGCACCUGGAGACGUUCGGAACUGUCGGGAGUGGGCUGAACGCCAUCAAGGCAGCGAAGCGCGUGAGCAAGUCGUCCCCGCAGCGCGACCGAGCGGUGCAGCAGUCGGUUCCGGCGGCUGGCCUCAUUCCCAAGGCGGCAAUGGUCGCAACAGUCAUCAGCCCCCACAUCGAGGUGGCCGCACCUGCCGUGGAAGACACCCUCCCUCCCGCUGGACGUGGAAAGGGAAACGGCGCGGUAGCUAAAACCAAUGUGCGCGCAGUGGUGGUGUUCACGAGCAGCUCCGGCGCUGAGAAAGGCGGUGUGCCUGUGACAGUCAAGGACGACGACAACGGGCGACGGCGCAGCAGCGGCAGCACCGCCCCGAGCGCGACCGCGUCGGGGCUAUUCAACGAGGGAACGGUGGGAGUUGCGGAACUGAGUGAGAACAGCAAGACGCUCAAGGUGCAGCAACCACAGGAGCGCACGCGCUUCUUCCCCGUGGACGAGUUUUUGCGCAUCAGUGACGCUGAGGCGCCAAAGCAGGUCGAGCGGCCUGUCAGCACGAGGGCCAGCGGCGUCGUGGCUGGGGUGCUGUCGAACGCUGCAUUGCCGCGGCGACGUUUGUCGUCGUUAACGCUGACGGUGAUGAACCGCAGGUUUCUGGGUGGUGUGAACGUGGCGCUGUUGCUCGCGAGCACCGAAAAGGCGCAUCACGCCUCACUAACGGCGAUUCUGGAGGUGGUGGAGGGGGUGCUGUCACACAUGCCUCCCCACGGGGAGCUCUUUGCCUCCAUCGCGUUCGUCGCCGGUGGCAACACGCAGGACCUGUUGUGCGACCCCGAACGUGCAGUGCGCUCGACCUUCUCGACAUCGCCGCUCUUUGGCCCCACACUGGACAAUGUCACCUACGUGGCCGUGACGGGAAUCGGCCACCUUUCAGCGAUGGUGACAGAGUCGUACAAGCGGUGUGACUUGGCGGCUCAGUGGCAGCAACCUAGUGCUGGCCUCCUUGUGAUGUCGCUGCUGCUGAAGCAGCCGCGUGGCAGCGACGUUUUACUGUCCUCGUACUUGAUUACAGACGCGGGGUGCGACGGCAGCACGUACGUGGCGGCCUUGCGCAAGGCGCAGCACACCCCAUUUGCGCUCUUCCACUCUGCGUUGGGCGGGCCGACGUUAACCACGGCGCUGAUGUCGGUGGACGUCGACGACACAGCGACGCUGGUGCCGCUGCUGAACGUGCAGCACCGACUCGCUAGUGUUACUAAUAAGCCGUGCCACGUGGGAAGUGUUCGACGCUUCUUGGAGCUAGCGCAGCAGGAGCUGCAGAACCGCAUCAAAGACGGGAAGUCCGGCAGGAGGCGGAGCUCCGGCUCCACCAUAGCAAAGGUGACGUCAGAGCGGCGGCGGAACAGCGUCAGCAUCUCUAGCAGCAACAGUGUGAGCGACAGCACCAGUUGUUCACCGUCCUUAAGUGGGCACCAGGGACGAAAGCAGCACCCUAUGUCCCGAGCACAGCUGCACAAGCGCCUUUUAGAGCAGGUUGCGACGGCGCAGAGCAUCCUCAAUGACCCCGCCAGCUAUCGACCGAAGGCGGUGCGGGAGCCGCCGCAGGCUCGGUGCGCUAAGGCGCUCACCUCGACGGCGCCCAAGUCAACAUCUGCCGCGCCGCCACUGUCGGCAGCGACGUCACCGCGCGCGCAGCGGCGCAGUGCAGACGACGGCGCGAUGCCGAGUCUGGACCUGGCGGCGCCGUGCAAGCGUUUGUCGACGAGCAAGGCGCCAGCCACCGUCAACACUGUACCGCUGCCGUCGCACAGCACUGGCUCUGCCCUGGCGCGCAAGAACUCUCCGUCAUCUACCGCCGGGGAGGAACCGCCGAUACAGCUCACGCAGCUGCUAGCCACGCGCCGCGGAAGCGAUGCGCCGAACGUCGAGUCGGACGCGAGCGCCACGGCAAAGGCAUCACUGUCACCAGCGACCACGCAUGUCAACCAUCAGAUUGCGCAGUUCCGUCCCCUGCAGCAGAACUCUUCACCACUGGCAGGGUGCAGCAGCGCCAGCGUGUCGUUGAGUACUGCGUACGUGCGCCGCGGGAACGACGGCGGAGCCGCGCCACAGAGAACAUGGUUUAUGAACUUCGAGGAUGUGGGUGACAGCACCACUGCGUCCGUAGGCAGCAGGCCCGCCGCGGGCACGUUGCUCAAGAAAGGCGAGCGAGAGGUGUUACAAGAUCCGCCACUGUCCACGGCAACGACAACAGCAGCCAAGCCACUUCAAGAACGUUGCAAUGCUGGCGACAGCGAGUUGAGUCAACGCGGCAAACCUGCGUUGGGCGGCGGUGCAGACGGGUUGACGCAACGACCGAUGUGUGUGCCACCGGGUGUGAGGAGCAGGAGUGUGGGUGCAGGUCGGAAAGGCCUGCUCGCGGCCCCUACGCGGAUUGGUCCGAAUGGACCACAGUGGCCCAGCAUGACCGCCAUGGACCCCGGCGACAUCCCGGCCGUUCCGUGCGUUGACUCCAUCGACUCCUCGCUUGUACACGACGUCUCCGUGUCCGCGCGGCAGAGCUUGACGGCGCACGACGGCGAGAGGGCGCCGAUCCCCACGUCGACAAAGGUGCGCACGCUCGUCAUUGUUGACCCACGCUGCUGCGAGACGUCGAACGUAACUUACGAUAACACAAUGGUGAUUGCCACCACCGACGAUGACUUUGAGGAAUACGACGUGGACGAGGUGUGCGAGGUGUCGCCGGCGCAGGAGUCGAUCCAGGCGGACCUACUGACGGAGCUGUGUAAAACGCUGCUUCUCGGCGGCAAUGCCUCCAUUCUCGGCGCUGAGAGUCGUCCGACCGGCGCCUGUGCACAGGUGCUCAAGUCCGUCGUGCACACGAUCUUUGCAGACAUGAACCGCGAGGGGACGCAUCGCAGAGGACGUCUCAGCGUCUCAAUUGUGAAGGUGAAGGGGGAGUCUGUUGUCGACCUGCUCAAGGACUCCGGCGAAGCGCAGAAGCUCGUCAUUGCCAUUUCGCCCCUGUUCGGCUCCUGCGUCCACGGUGUCACCUACUCUAAUAUCACGAACUCGGCCACUUUCAACGCCACGAUUGACGCCGCGCUGCGCCGUGCCGCCACCGAAGACAACGGCCGCGACUACGGCUUCCUCUUCUGCUCUCUCAUUUUCAAGCUGCAGCUAGAGGAGGAGGGAGAUGUGCUCGUGUGCUCGCUGGUGGCAACCUUCGCCGGCGAGCACGUUGGGCUCUACACGUCCGUCCUGGACCGAAGUCCUCUCGUACCGCGCGCGUUGUUCCAUUACGCCCUCGGCGGCCCCAGCUACACGAUCGCACUGCUCGGCAUCGGCAGUGAGGAGUCUCGCGCCAACCAGAUGCUGCAGGUGCAGCGGCGGUUGGGCGAGGUGAGCAACCGCGCGACGCAUCCGGGCAGUGUGGCGAAGUUCGUGGCCGGCAUCCGCAACGACUUGACGCCAAACCUGAUCGCCAAGUACGAGAGCACGCAUGACCAGGAUGAACGAGCGGCAACGAAGGCGAUGAUCGGGCGGCUGGCGGAGAUGGUGAAGGAUGCAGACGCGCUUCUCCACGACUUCGACCACCAUCAGCCCAAGGCCUAUCUGCACGAGGACCGGGAGCGGAGGACGACGCCGGCAGGCACGGCGGCCGUCACAGGCUCCGAUUCGGGUUCACCUGCCAUGACAGUGCCACGCAGGAACAACGUGAACGGAACUAACGACUCCAACUUGACGAACAAAGUCUCUGCCGCCAGUGCCGUGGCGGCUACAGCGCCGCCGGCCACCAGCCGACCGGCCACGCAGCGCUCGUUGCCGUCCAUCACCGCGGUGAACCCGGAGGGCGAGGACAACCACAUCCAAUCGCUGGUGUGUCUCGAGCAGGUGUUGAUGGGCGCCGGCUCGGUCGCAGUGCACGGCAACUCGAUCCUUUGCACGAGCCAGGGAGGAAUGCGCUACGACAGCGACGAGGUGAUUGUGUGCGACGAAUCACAUCGGUCCUUGUCGUCGAAACUGAUGGAUAAACUGGUAGCCAAGUUCCUUGCCGGCUAUCACACGGGCUUGCUCGCCGCCGACAGCAGCUAUAGCGCCUUCACGCCGCUGAUGCUGCGCUGCAUCGCUAACAGCAUCCUCGACGCGAUGCUCGGACGCGAGACAGGGCCGCGUGAGGGCUUGACUUCCUCCGCCUCCUUCAAGCCACCCACAGUGACGGGCGAGCUGUACGUUUCCAUUGCUCUCAUCAAGGAUGAAGUGACAGCUGACCUGCUGCCCACCGACGCUGACGCGACGUACCACCGCUUCGAGAUGGAGCACAAGCCUCUUUACGGCCCCCGCGUUGCCGGCGUAGCGUCGCACCUCGUCUCCACUCCGCAGGACUUUGACCACUACCUAGCGGUGGCCAUCGACAAUGCCGAUCCGGCGCUGCAGUCAGCAGAUCCAGGCAUCAUGGUGGUCUUGCUGUCCCUAACCCAGCGUGUGACGAAGCCGACCAAGGAUGUGCUGGUGUCGUCACUUUUGUGCACCGCCGUCUUCGACGCCGUUCAUCAUUACGAGCUUGUGCUGGGGGGCGACACAAGCGAGCCGUUGGAGUUGUUCCACAACAUUCUCCGCGGGCCGUGCUUCACCGUCGCGCUGUUUGGCAUCAGCGAUGAGGAGGAGAACCCCGGCAAGCUGCUGCGCGCGCUUCACGGUAUUACCCAAGCGCGCAACCGCCCUGCGGAGGUGAACAGUGUGUCGCGGCACAUCCGAGAGCUGCAGCGCGGCAUUGUGAAGCUGAAGGAGCGCAUGACUCCUUCAUCCAACGAGGAGAAAGAGUACAUUCUGAGCCGCGUUAAGGUCGCCGAGCAUCUGCUGGCCGACGCGGAGGCGCUGCAGCGCAACGCCCUCUCCUCCGUGCAGCCUCGCCCCUUCGUCCCGCUUGGCGGCGCACCCCACUUACGGGCAUAG